GGGUUGGGGUUGGUGCGGACCGGCGCCAUGCUGCGCUCCCCUGGUCACCCGGGCGACGACGAGCGCUUUGUUUUAGUCGCCAGUCUGGACAACGCGCGGAAUCUCUCCAACCUGCUCAAGGCCAUUCACUUCCGAGACCAGGUCACCUUCUUCGCCUCGGCCAAUGGCAUUCGGAUGACGGCCGAGGCGGCAAAGAGUGUCCAGGGCAACGCGUUCAUCCAGGCCAGUAUCUUUCAGGAGUUUCGAAUUGAAGAGGAUUCUGUAAUCUUUCUCAUAAACUUGACAGUUCUUUUAGAUUGUCUGACAAUAUUCAGUGCAAGUUCUUUGCCAGGAGUGACAACAGCCCUGAGAAUGUGCUACCGUGGGUAUGGCUAUCCCCUCACCCUGUUUCUGGAGGAGAGUGGGGUGGUAACUGUUUGCAAGAUUCAGACUCAAGAGCCAGAGGAAACUCUCGAUUUUGACUUUUGCAGCACAAAUGUUGUAAAUAAAAUUAUUUUACAAUCAGAGAGCCUGCGGGAGACAUUCGCAGAACUUGAUAUGAGCAGUGAUGUGCUGCAGAUCACGAUGUCGCCAGAGAAACCGUAUUUCAGAUUAUCUACUUUUGGUGAUGCUGGAAGCACGCACUGUGAUUAUCCAAAGGACUCUGACAUGAUUGAGGCAUUCCAUUGCAACCAGACCCAAUGCAAUAAGUACAAAAUCUCUUUACUGAAGCCAUCUACUAAAGCCUUGGCACUCUCCUCGAAAGUUUCGCUUCGCACAGACAAUCGAGGAUUUCUUUCCUUGCAAUACAUGAUCCGCAAUGAAGAUGGGCAGAUCUGCUUUGUUGAAUAUUAUUGUUGCCCUGAUGAAGAGAUGGAGGGGUUAGACUCAUAAUUACCUGUCACUCAUCAAAAAGUGGCUCAAAAAUUCCAUCAAAUCGUUUUGUAGAGACUGUUCUGUCAGACUUGAAGCCUUGUCUGGGUGAAUUUAAUCAGUAAUUUUAGGCUGACGGCAGCCAAUCUGUGAAAAACUGCCUCACUUUAUCCCUGGAGAUCCACUUUCUUUUGUUUGGUAAAUCUGUCCAACGCUGCUGAAAUAUGAAGACGUUGCUGUGGCUGCUUAAUAGCAGCAGUGGAAAAUGACAGGACCAAAAGCUGCUGUGAUGCGUGUUGGGCAGAUGGCAAGCCUGCGUAAUUUGGCAGAGGCAGUGAGGAGGGCAGAGCAUCGGGCUGAGCAGGAAGGCAGGCAGAGCAGGUAGAGAUCGGCGGGUGAGGAGUGAAAGUCAGGCAUUGGGAUCUGCUGACGGAGCUUAUCUGGGAGGAGACCACGGGGACAUGAACCCACCAACCAGGCAGCAGAAAAUGGAAAGACCUGCAUGUCUCCUCAUUGGCUUGCACCAAGUUUAUUUUAUGAUAGCGAUUUAGAGUAAUUCAUUUCAGAUUAAUUGGGAAUAUGCCAUUAAUGAGAAUCUUAACUUUCCUGCUAACCUAACAAAUGCCAAGCUCUUACAAAUAUCUUGAAAUAAUUUGAUUCUCAUACUAGAUAGAUAGACCGGUGGGCCGAAGGGCCUGUUUCCACAUUAUAUUUUUUAACUAAACUGUCAGGUGGUGCAGAUUUUGGCCACCAUUUUAUAAAUUAAUCUGACCAAGGUGGCGAAAGAAUCCCUUGGUGUUUGGUGAUUCCUGUGAGUACCUGGAUUUAAACUUCUGAAGAUAGACACAAAGUGCUGAAGUAACAUAGAAAAUAGGUGCUGGAGGAGGCCAUUCAGCCCUUCGAGCCAGCACCGCCAUUCAUUGUGAUCACGGCUGAUCGUCCCCUAUUAAUAAUCCGUGCCUGCCUUCUCCCAAUAUCCCUUGACUCCACUAGCCCCUAGAGCUCUAUCUAACUAUCUCUUAAAUCCAUCCAGUGACUUGGCUUCCACUGCCCUCUGUGGCAGGGAAUUCCAUAAAUUCCCAACUCUCUGGGUGAAAACGUUUUUUCUCACCUCAGUCUUAAAUGACCUCCCCUUUAAUCUAAGACUGGCCCCUGGUUCUGGACUCGCCCAACAUUGGGAACAUUUUUCCUGCAUCUAGCUUGUCCAGUCCUUUCAUAAUUUUAUAUGUUUCUAUAAGAUUGCCCCUCAUCCUUCUAAACUCCAGUGAAUACAAGCCUAGUGUAACUCAGUGGGUCAUGCAGCAAUUCUGGAGAAAAAGAUUGGGUGAUUAUUUUGGCUCGGGACCCUUCUUCAGACGCAUUAGGGUCUUUGGUCUAAACUCCUAAACAAGACAAUGGGCCACCUCUGCUCUGCCUCCUGUUACUCAUUAUCCUGGUGCAGGAAAUCAAAUAAAACACGAUUGCUGUGAUUUCUCCUCUGUUCGUUCGGUUUGCACAUGUGCGUCCAGAUCUUUGUUUAGUUCGAUCAGCUCACUUUGGUUGCUCGCUUUUCCCCCCGACUUGGGAAACAACAACCCUGCUGUUUCACUCUUGCAGCAUCAUUGGGAAAAGAGGUCUAACAAGUUGAGGUAAGUGUUUAAAGGAUGGGCUGGCAAAUUGAUGGCAUCAACAAUUUUGCAGGGUUGGUUCAGACAGGUUGAAACCAGUUUCAAUGAACACCCACAUGUGGAGAGUGUCCAUCUUGCAACAAACACGCUGCUAGUUGGAAUGUGGAGGAAGGAAUUGCAGAUGCUGGUUUACACCGACGAUAGACACAAAAUGCUGGAGUAACUCAGCGGGACAGACGGCAUCUCUGGAGAGAAGGAAUGGGUGUUCCAUUUUGCAUAGAAACAUAGAAAUUAGGUGCAGGAGUAGGCCAUUCGGCCCUUCGAGCCUGCACCACCAUUCAAUAUGAUCAUGGCUGAUCAUCCAACUCAGUAUCCCGUACCUGCCUUCUCUCCAUACCCUCUGAUCCCCUUAGCCACAAGGGCCACAUCUAACUCCCUCUUAAAUAUAGCCAAUGAACUGGCCUCAACUACCCUCUGUGGCAGAGAGUUCCAGAGAUUCACCACUCUCUGUGUGAAAAAAGUUUUCCUCAUCUCGGUUUUAAAGGAUUUCCCCCUUAUCCUUAAGCUGUGACCCCUUGUCCAGGACUUCCCCAACAUCGGGAACAACCUUCCUGCAUCUAGCCUGUCCAACCCCUUAAGAAUUUUGCAUAACCUAUUCCUUCUCUCUCAGCCUGUCCAGCUGAGUUCCUCCAGCAUUCUGUGUAUACCAUGUUCAUUGGAACUAAAGCAAUCAGAAAGAGACAUGAUUUUCCAAUAGUCACCUGCCAAUAGAAAGACAAGGGAGAUACCAUCUGAUCAAAGGGAGAGUUUAAUUAAUAGUUCAUCCACAGUUUUUGUUCUACUGUACUAUGCUUCACUCAGAUAUUAUGUAAGCUCUGUGCCUGAAUAAAAGUUUUAAAAUACUACCACAA